UUGUUUUGCUUCAUUAUUGUGUGCUCAAAGCACAGCUAUUCAGUCACAGACUGUACAGUAAGAGUUUCUGUCAGAGAGUUGGGCCUUAUUUCCAACAUUUUCUGUUCAAUUGCUUUUCCUUGAGCACAAUGAAUAUGCUUCAACUUUUCUUUGGAUUUGUUUAUCUCUCGGCAGUUUCACAGCUUGUGAGUCUCACAGGUGCACAAGCUGAAUGUCCUGUUCAGCUCAACCCACAGAGAGUUGUUGUGAGAUACGGCGGUUCUGUUGCAGCUAACUGUAGCACUUCAGUCCCGCAUAAAGGGAUGGGAUGGGAAGCCAGUGAGGGAGCAGUGCCCAUGACCAAAAACCAGAGUCUGAUCACAUGGAGAGUGCCAGAACUGACAGAAUGGGACAUAAAGCCAUUCUGCUACAUAAACUAUAAAAUAGGCAAUGAGGAUCAGUGUAAAGAAGAGCUCCCAGUCACUGUUUACAAGACUCCAGACAGUGUGUCCAUCAGCACUGUGAAUCACAGCGGACCAAUGAUGGAGGGAGAGCUGUAUGAGCUCCAGUGUGACGUUCACAAUGUGGCUCCUGUUCAGAAUCUCACUGUCAACUGGUACAAAGGACAGACUCUGCUGGAUCAAACCACCUUCACUGACACUAGCGAGACUCCAGUGAAUGAAACUGUCAGACUCCUGAUCCGUCCAGACAGAGCUGAUGAGGGAGCUCAAUACAGGGGUGAAGCAGAGCUGGAUCUGGGAGCAGAAGGACCUCAACCUCAUCCUACAAUUUCAUCAAAUCCUCUUAAUGUUGAAGUAUACUAUAAACCACAACACUCCAGUUCAACAGAGACCAUCAUUAAAGACGACAAGGUCAUGCUAGAUUGUACAGUGAAGGCAAAACCAGCUGCUACAUACACAUGGGAUCAUCUGAAAGAGAAGAACAGCUCCUCAGUGCUCAAGUCCUCAGCACUCAGUUCAGGAAACUACACAUGCACCGCCACAAACGCUCUGGGAAAAGACAGCAAAGUGUUCAUCGUCAAAUCUACAGGUAUUCGUCCCACAUUCUGGACUGUUCUUACUUUUUUCCAGUUGUCGGUUGCAUUGAUUACUAUCAUGUAAUUAAUAGUCGCACAACAGAGAUAAUUAGUCACAGUAUUGUAUUUUCUUUCUUUCUACUCUGCUGGGAAUUCAUAAAAAUGUGUUGACUUGUAGUGGUUCAUCAGUCAUACAUAUGAAGUCAGUGGGAACCACUACAACACAUCACUUUUAUUUAUAAAUAAACUCCUGCCUUUAGAUGUUAGCAUGAAAUUAACAUCUGACAAUAACUGGAAAGUGUAUUUUCACGAAUGUUCAUUUGGAUUUUGUACUUUUUUACUGUUCUCCUAAGCUUUUCCUCAUUGCUGUAUGACAAAUUCAUUUUACAGAACAAAUAUUCCAUUUUGUCUCUUAAUUAAUAUGAGGGUAUAUAAAGUUGCAAGUUUGAAAACAUUACAAUAUUGCAUUAGUAAUAUAGUAUAUGGUUUGCCACCCUGUAACACGGCAUUUAGAAAGUAUUUAGCAUAUAUGUAUAUUCAUUGCACAGAGCAGCUUUUAAAAUUCUUCUGUAUUCGGUGUGAAUGUGAGCUGAGCACAAGAUGAGCACUCGGACUGCACAGGGCGUCAACUACCAAGGGGAACAUCUCAUUUCCCUCGGCCCCCACCUCCAAAAACUUUUCCCCCCGAUGUACAUCCUUUUGGCUAGCGGAUGCCCUUUAGGAUGUUUUGGAAAACACAAGAAAAUUUAUUUUGAGUGGUUGAACAGCAGCAAAAUAAAUGUUGAC